AAACGUUUCGAGGACUAAAAACACCCCAAACCAGCCGGGAUUCAUGAACGCACCAUACCGCGCAUCAUGACAAAACAACCAACAACAAGGGAGGACCUGGCUUAGUCGGCUCUGGCUGGAUGAAAUGCUUCAGCCAUGCAAUGUUCCUGGAAGUCAGUAAUUCUGCUGGCCUUGGCCUCCAUUGCUAUCCAGUACACAGCCAUCCGGACACUCACGUCCAAGCCUUUCCAGCUGUGCCCGCUGCCCAGCCCCCAGAACUGUGGUCUGGGGGCUCAAGAGACAGACCCUGCCUUUGAGCAAGGAGCAGCAGGUGGGGCUGGCUGCGAUGACUACCCUUACUUUUCCAUCAAUGCCACUCGCAAACUGCACAUACUGGUCUUAGCCACCACGCGCAGCGGCUCCUCCUUUGUGGGCCAGCUGCUGAACCAGCAUCAGGAGGUAUUCUACCUGUUUGAACCGCUCUAUCACGUUUACGCUACGUUGGUUCCACGCCAGUCACACACCCGCAACCCUACGGACCGGCGUGUGACAUUAGGAGCCAGUCGAGACCUGUUGCGUAGUCUGUAUGGUUGUGACCUCUACUUCCUGGAGAAUUACAUCAAACCGACACCCUCAAACCACACCACAGACAAACUGUUCCGCCGUGGUGCCAGCCGAGCGUUGUGCCAGCAACCUGUAUGCGAUGCCUUUGGUGCGGGCGAUGCAAAUGUGGAGGAGGGAGACUGUGUGAGGAAAUGCUCGACCUUAAACAUGACUUUAGCGACGGAGGCAUGUCAGGAAAAGAAGCACGUUGCGAUCAAAGUUGUCCGUGUGCCAGAGAUUGGGGACCUGCGUGCUCUGGUUGAAGACCCACGGCUGAAUAUCAAAGUCAUCCAGCUCGUCAGAGACCCACGCGGCAUCCUGUCAUCACGGAUUGAGACGUUCAGGGACCCAUACCGUCUAUGGCGCAUUUGGAGGGCCACAGGGAGAAGACCCUAUAAUCUUGACAUGAAUCAGCUCACAGUCAUCUGUGAAGACUUUUUUGGUUCUGUCUCAACUGGUCUUAGCCAUCCGCAGUGGCUGAAAGGGAAAUACAUGUUGGUUCGAUAUGAGGAUUUGGCGAGAAAUCCUCUUCUUAAGACACAAGAAAUCUAUGACUUUCUUGGGCUGCCUAUGGAUAAAAAUGUGAAACACUGGAUACGUGCAAACACCCGAGGWAGCAAUGAACCUUCGGCAAAACACAAGUUUGGAACCGUGAGGGACUCAGCUGCUAACGCAGAGAGUUGGCGUUUAAAACUGUCUUAUGACAUUGUGGAAUCCACACAAGCUGUGUGUCAAAAAGUACUCAAGCAGCUGGGAUACAAGGCUGUGAAGUCAGUCGAGGAACUGAGAAACAUGUCUUUCUCACUAGUACAGGAUAAAAUGUUUGUACCUUUUUUGUAACAAAGAUAGUUCUCCAAAAACUAUUUUUGAUAUAUUUAUAAUUGUUGCCUUAUAAGUUACACACUGUUUCAUUUCUGUGACUUUUUUUCAUGGAAUUUGCACUAAACUUCAAAGAUGUUUGAAUGCACCAUUUGAAGUAUGGAUGAGUCUCCAGUGAUACUGAACAAUACAAUUUAGACAUCAGUAUUCAAGUGUCAAAACAAGCUGCUUUGCAGAAGCCAAAUUUUGUUUUCCAUGAAUAGAAUCAAUUCAAGGCACUGUCUUCAUUAAUUUCCUGUGUGAGAAGUGUUAUUAUAGCAAAAGUAAAAUUUUUGUCCUCCAAAAACAUGGGCGACGGGAAAUGUUCCAUACACAAGACAUGUUUUUUUUUUAUUCGUUUUGUUUUUUAGACCUGUUAUGGCAAUUUUUAACUGUACAACAUCUACUGUGCAAUAAAUAGUGAAUGUCGCAGUCAACCUUUACCACUGUGGCAUUUUUAUCCAUGCGGGAUAAGGGGAGAUACUUCUGACAGAUGCCAUGCUUGCAAAGGAUAAUUGCAGACAAUUAAUAGGCUCUCAAGUGAAAGGAACAGAAUCCCAUUGGAGGUCACGAGCAUUUCAUCUGAGGAUUUACAACCAUCUGUGGCAAACGCACACUAAUGAGAGGUAAUGGUAAAAAUAUAUUUUUUGUUAUGUUUCGUUUGUUUUUUGCAAAAUUUUUCAAAAGGAUUACAACAAAACAUAAGAUACAAAUAGAUAAGUUCUUAAGUAGGACCUGAAGCACUAAGAGAUGUUUUCUGUCUUUCUUUUUUAAAUUCGAUUUAUGGAUGUGUUGCAGUCGGAUGCUUUAAAUUAAUCUGUGUGUGUGGACAACUUUUUGCUACAUCAUGGGGACCAUUUUCCAGAAAAACAAAAAAUCGUGGGGACGUCCCCACGGUUAUGGAUGCUGAUUUUUUUGUUUUUACGGUUACAGAUGAUAAUUUUGGGUGGGGGGUUAGGUUUAGGACCAAGGUGUGAAUUGAGUUUAGAUUUGAGGUCAGGUAUGUACUGGGGUGGUUAGGUUUAGGAUAAAGUGUCAGGGUUACGCUAUAGAAAUAAACAGAAAAUUAAUGGAAAUCAAUGCAAUGUCUCUACAGGAAUAAAAAACAAACAGCUUGUGAGUGUGUAUCUGGCUAUUGUUGUGUGGACAUAUUUUGACAUUAGACCACCCAUAUGCAGAUAUUUUUCCUGGUUCAUACAAGGGAAAAACACUAUUUUUGAGUUACAGUUGGGCUUAGGACCAAGGUGUGAAUUGAGUUUAGGUUUGGUUUAGGGUUAGGCGUGUACUGGGCUGGAUAGGUUUAUGGUAAGGAGUAAGGGUUAGGCUAUAGAAAUAAAUGGAAGUUGAUGCAAGUCCACACAAAGAUAGUAAAACUGUACGCGCAUGUGUGAAAAUCAUUACAACAUAGUUUCUACCUUGGAUUACUUUAUUUAUAGCACUGCUAUCCAUUUGUCAUUUAGAAUAAUCAGUUAUAAUGAAAAAGAGAUUAUCUUUUUUAUGUCAUCUCAAAAGCAGGGAGUGGGUGAAAACUGACACAGCAGAGCAAAUAGUUCCUAUACAUCCUUUUUUCAACCAAAAAGCACAGCCUUUUAGACAGCAUGUGUUGCAUUUUUUUGUCUGUUUAUCUCACAGAUAAAAGAUUCGUAACUGAGAAAGCUAUGUCUUUGUAGAACAGGUUGUGCUGCAGAUUCCAUUCAUUUCCCGGGAUCCGUGCAUGACUUACAACCUAACACAGCUACAUGUCCAAAGUAUAUCUACAUUAGUUCAUAUACAAAGAGUAUUACACUAAUGGUUGCCCAUAAUCUGGGACAAAUCCUUUGAUCGUUAGCGCUGCUGAUAGCCUGUUUUAGCCAAGAAAUGUUAAUGGCAGAAGCUCAAGGCUGAAUUAGAGGACACCACAGUUACAUAAAUGAAUGUGUCAGACUUUCCCGCAGCUUCUUAAGGUCUCUGGCCAGUUGCCAAAUCUUUGGACAAAAUACGACUCAAACGCAGCCAUUUAAUCUCAUUUUAGGUCACGUUUCUAAACUGAAGCACAAUGUGGGAUAAAAUUAAUUGGCAGUUAUCUCAUGUAAAUGUAACCACAUUAGAGCUGUUUCAUCUUGAUGGAGUUUUCAAUCAUUAUAACUGCAAAAAUAAAGAUAGAUUUUAAUACCCCUGAUUGAUACCAACAGCUGUGUUCAGUUUCUAGAGUGGGUUUUGGAUUUUAAGUCAUGUUUGUUUGUUUAAGGAAUGGGUAGUUUGGCAAACUGCCUCCCUGGUUAUUUCCUUUAAAAAAAGGACAGUGAUCAGUUCAUGCUGCGCAAUGCGACUCUAUCUCUGUGUUACUGUGGAAGCUGAGAAUGAAUGUCACUUUGGGCUACAUAGCAUGUCAGCUAACUAUGGCUCGUGCACAAAAUGCAGCUGCACCUAUAAAAUGCUAAAUAAACACAUUUCAGGGUGAUAUUGGAUUCAUUAUGAGGAAUGUUGGUAAAUGUACUCGACAUACAAGAACAAGGGUUAUUUUAGACCAUGAGAGCAGAAAGGAAUAUUGUUGCCUUUUCCUUCCUACACUCUAAUGAUAAUUUAGAAAAAUAUAGUAUUCCUAGAAUAUAAGCUUUCAACCUUAUCACUAGACCAAGACAUGUUUAAAAGUAGUCUUCAUGAAAGUCAGAAUGUAGGUUCACAGCACUGAUAUGUUCAAAAAUCUAAUAUUUACUCCUAAUAAUCAGAGUUUGGAUUACUGUGAGGCGCAGUGGUCCAGUCACGAUGCCCAUUUAUUUGCACACAAUAACCACUUGUUUCCCCAUAAGAUAUAAACCCUGUGAAAGGAGCAUCACACGCUCGGGCUCAUCAGUAUUGGUGACCGGAUGUCCAUUGAGAUGCAGAGCACAAACCUUUGAUCCUCCUCUGUUCCGAGACUGGAGGCAACUCACCCUCUUUCUUUCUGCCAGUGCUCUUUCUGUCAUCCACCUCUUUCCUUUUUUUUUCCACUCUUUCUUUAUUUUUUCUCCUUACAGAGAUCUCAGGGCAUUGUUUCAGUGCUUCACUGCUCACUCUCUGUUUUUCAGUUUGUUUGUUUUUUUCUUGGAAUUUACAGAAUGUGUUGAGCUCAGUUUUAAAAUGUAACACUAAAAAUACCGAGCUAUUGUGUCCUAAUGCGUUUGCCUUCAAGGCAAUUAAAAGGAAUGCACUGACAUUCAGAGGAAUAUUCUUUCUGUUGGAGCACAAAUAUGAGAUUAUUACAGCUGCCAUGUUUUUUAUAUUAUCAGCUGAUCAUUUCAAUUCGCCAGUUGCAAAACAUUAAGCGCAACGUUUUAUUUCUUCAGUUUUGAAGGCAACAAAAUGCAUUUAUAACAAGUUCAAAAGGCCACUAACUCAUUUGUUACAUGUAAUCAGUUCUCAGAGAAACGCAUUUGAAAUAGGCUAGUUUCCAGCAGGAAGUUUUGUUCUCUCAUUUCUAACUAAAUAUUCCGCAUUUUUGUUCCACCACUACUACCCAGAAAGAAAUUAUUCAAAUCCUCUAAAUCUAACUUGUUCAGCAGACAGAUGGAAAGUGAAUCAGCACUUUCCCUCCUCCCAGAAUGACAGCAACCAUUAAACAGGCAUUGAUCAUCAAAGACUCUUGAAAUGGACUGAGGCAGCUUAUCAUUUCUUUUUUCUUUUUUUUUUCAUGCCGCCAGUAAAUAUUUCUUAACACGCUUCAAUAAAUUUGAUAGCACAGGAUUUGGAACCUUGGUUGUAUUUUGAUGUUUCAUUUUGUUGUUAGGUCAGCUUACAUCAUUUGACACUUAACAGUCUUGGUGAGCAAUAUUUGCUGAACCCAAACAUCUGAUUAUUUUCUGUUUAAAUAAAUCUAAUUGUUCUGGACACUAAAA